GUUACAUAUUUUGAAAAAUCAGAACAAGGCAAAAUCCAAUUAAUAUUCUUCACAUAAAUGGCUAAAAGGGUUGGGGAAUACACAGAAGAAUUGUCACAGGCAUAACUCAACCUUACCCUUUUAACCACUUUCAUUUUUCAAAUGCUGUGUUGUCACAGAACAAGUGCCACUACUACUUACUUACAAGUGCCACAAACAUUGCACCAUAAUAUAACACACUAUAGUAUAUUAAGAUUCCUCUUCUUCUUCUUCUUCUUCUUCUUCUUCCUCUUCUUCUAGUUUAUGGUUCCUAGUUGAAGGAAAAGAGAGAGCUUCUUCACUGGCUCUUCUUUUCUUCUCUCCUUUUGUGAGGUGUGUGUGUGAAGGUUUAAGUCAAUGGAAGGUUCUAUGGCAUUUAGAUUUGGGGUGGUUCUUGUUGUUGCUGCUUUUCUUCUCAAUUGUGGUUAUGGCAACACUGUGGAUUCAGAUGAUGGAGCAACAUUGUUGGAGAUAAAGAAGUCAUUUAGGGAUGUGGAUAAUGUUCUAUAUGACUGGACAGAUUCACCUUCUUCAGAUUAUUGUGUUUGGAGAGGGAUAACUUGUGAUAAUGUCACCUUCAAUGUUGUUGCACUAAAUCUUUCAGGACUGAAUCUUGAUGGUGAAAUGUCUCCAGCAAUAGGGAACCUUAAGAGCUUGGUCACCAUUGACCUCAAAGAAAACAGAUUAUCAGGGCAGAUACCAGAUGAGAUUGGUGACUGUUCAUCUUUACAAAGCUUGGACCUCUCAUUCAAUGAGAUCAGAGGAGAUAUACCAUUUUCAAUAUCAAAGUUGAAACAACUGGAAAAUUUGGUUUUAAAGAAUAACCAGUUGAUUGGUCCAAUCCCUUCAACUUUGUCUCAGAUUCCUAACUUGAAGAUUCUAGACCUGGCACAGAAUAAUCUAAGUGACGAAAUACCAAGACUUAUAUACUGGAAUGAAGUUUUGCAGUAUCUCGGCUUGCGAGGUAACAAUUUGGUUGGUUCACUAUCACCAGACAUGUGCCAAUUAACUGGAUUGUGGUAUUUUGAUGUUAGAAACAAUAGCUUGACAGGAAGCAUUCCUGAAAGCAUAGGAAACUGUACUUCAUUCCAAGUCUUGGACAUAUCCUACAACAAAAUCACUGGAGAGAUACCAUUCAACAUUGGAUUUCUUCAAGUAGCUACCUUGUCACUUCAAGGGAAUAAACUCUCCGGCCAUAUUCCGUCGGUGAUCGGUCUCAUGCAAGCACUCGCCGUCUUAGAUCUGAGUUGUAACAUGUUAAGUGGAUCAAUCCCUCCUAUCUUAGGAAACCUGACAUACACAGAAAAAUUGUAUUUGCAUGGAAACAAGCUCACAGGCUUCAUCCCCCCGGAGCUAGGGAACAUGACAAAGCUUCACUAUUUGGAACUGAAUGAUAACCAUUUAAGUGGGCGCAUCCCACCCGAACUUGGAAAGCUUACUGAUUUGUUUGACUUAAAUGUUGCCAACAACAAUCUAGAGGGGCCGAUUCCUGAUAACCUUGGUUCAUGUAAAAGCCUUAACAGCCUCAAUGUGCAUGGGAACAAGUUGACUGGAACAAUUCCCGGAGCGCUGAAGAGCUUGGAGAGUAUGACUUAUUUAAACCUUUCUUCCAACAAUCUUCAAGGGCCUAUUCCGAUCGAGCUAUCACGGAUUGGUAAUUUGGAUACAUUGGAUAUUUCAAAUAAUAAUAUAAUUGGCUCCAUUCCUUCUUCCCUCGGUGACUUGGAACAUCUUCUAAAGCUGAACCUGAGCAGAAAUCAUAUAACAGGAUUUAUUCCAGCAGAAUUUGCUAAUCUUAGAAGUGUUAUGGACAUUGAUUUGUCAAAUAAUCAACUCUCUGGCUUGAUUCCUCAAGAACUUAGCCAGCUUCAGAACAUGGUGUCAUUGAGGCUACAAAACAACAAAUUAUCCGGGGAUGUGACGUCGCUUGUAAAUUGCCUUAGUCUCUCGCUGCUUAAUGUAUCGUAUAACAAACUAGUUGGUGUUAUUCCCACAAGCAAUAACUUUUCAAGGUUCCCUCCUGACAGUUUCAUUGGAAACCCUGAUCUUUGUGGCAAUUGGUUGAAUUCACCUUGUCAUGUUAAUCACCCUACGGAGCGAGCAACAUUAUCUAAGGCAGCUAUUCUAGGAAUUGCUCUUGGUGGCCUUGUAAUCGUCCUUAUGAUAUUGCUCGCAGCAUGCCGGCCAUACAAUCCAUCUCCUUUUCCGGAUGGAUCACUCGACAAACCAGUUAGUUUCUCUCCUCCGAAACUAGUGAUUCUUCAUAUGAAUAUGGCGCUUCAUGUGUACGAGGAUAUCAUGAGGAUGACUGAAAACCUGAGCGAGAAGUACAUUAUUGGAUAUGGUGCAUCAAGCACAGUCUACAAAUGUGUUCUCAAAAAUUGCAAGCCAGUGGCUAUCAAGAGGCUCUAUUCUCACUAUCCACAAUGCUUGAAAGAAUUUGAGACCGAACUCGAGACUGUCGGAAGCAUUAAGCACCGGAAUCUUGUUAGUCUCCAAGGAUACUCUUUAUCCCCAUACGGGCACCUUCUGUUUUAUGACUACAUGGAAAAUGGCAGUCUAUGGGAUCUUCUUCAUGGGGCUAGUAAGAAGAAGAAGCUCGACUGGGAUAUGCGUCUGAAGAUAGCACUUGGAGCAGCACAAGGGCUGGCCUAUCUACAUCACGAUUGUAGUCCUCGGAUCAUCCACAGGGAUGUGAAAUCAUCAAACAUUUUGCUGGAUGGAGACUUUGAGCCCCAUCUCACUGAUUUUGGCAUAGCCAAAGUUCUUUGCCCCACAAAGUCGCAUACUUCGACUUACAUAAUGGGCACAAUUGGCUACAUAGACCCUGAGUAUGCUAGAACCUCCCGGCUCACCGAGAAAUCCGAUGUGUAUAGCUAUGGUAUUGUGUUACUUGAGUUGCUAACUGGAAGGAAAGCUGUUGACAAUGAAUCCAACCUCCAUCAUCUGAUUUUGUCCAAGACAGCAAACAAUGCAGUGAUGGAAACUGUUGAUCCAGACAUCACUGCCACAUGCAAUGACCUUGGAGCAGUGAAGAAGGUCUAUCAGCUUGCUCUAUUAUGCACAAAGCGGCAACCAUCGGAUCGGCCAACGAUGCACGAAGUGACACGUGUCCUCGGCAGCCUCAUGCCGUCCACCACCGCGGACGCCACCACCAUUUCAUCAAAACAACAAGAAGGAACUCUUCCACCACCUUCACUACCAUGUGCAAAAGUUCCAGCAUCAUGCUACAUUGAUGAAUAUGCAAACCUCAAGACACCACACUUGGUUAAUUGCCCUUCAAUGAGUACCUCUGAUGCACAACUUUUCCUCAAGUUUGGAGAGGUAAUCUCCCAAAAUAGUGAGUGAUUCAGUGACCCUUUUGGAAAUUAUCAUCAAAUUGACCAUCAUAUGAUUCGUAUAUCAUGUAUAUUAAAUCAAAAACCAAAAAAAAAAUGUGUAUAAGAAUUCUAAUUAUUUUUGUUUUCAAUCUUAGUAGUUAGUACUAGUUUGCAAAGAUGAUGUGUUUGAUUCAAGUACCUUAGUAUAAAAAAUUGGAAAGGUGCAUUAACCAAAUUUCUUGUACUUUUGUUUGGUUGCACAGACACACUUACACAAUAUUGCAGUGUAGUAAAUGAGGGUUGUAGUGUAGAGGGUCCACUGUGCAUUGUGGGGUAGAUAAAGGCUCUUAA